AUGACCAGCAGGUUCGAAGAACUGAAAGAAUUAAUCGAAGGGUCCAAGGGUAGAGGUAAGGAACGAAGGUGCACCUAUAAGGAUUUUAUGGCAUGCCAUCCGACGACGUAUGACGGUAAAAUAGAUCCCGUUGAAUGUCAAAGAUGGGUCUCGAAUAUAGAGGCCGUGUUUAUACGAAGUCGGUGCGAUAAGGAGGACCAAGUGAUGUUCGCUACCGGUUUACUAACCCAUCAGGCGAAAGAUUGGUGGGAUGCUCACAGCAAGGACGUAGGCGAAGAUAGACUGCAAGUUAUGACUUGGCAAGAGUUCAAGGGGCCCUUCAUGAAAUAUCAUUGCCCUCAGUCGGCUAUCGACAAGAUUCAGGAGGAUUUCUUACGCCUCCGACAGAAAAACGAAUCAGUAAAUGAAAUAACAAACACUUUUAUGGACAAGAUGAAAUUCUGUGGGGAUUUGGUAACCACCGAAAGGAUGAAGAUAAAUCGUUUCUAUGGCGUGCUAAAGGCAGAAAUUAGAGAGUUCAUCACCCCCUCAAAAUGUGAAACCCUCGAGGAACUCAUUAACUUAGCACGGGAUAGAGAGAUCGAGAUUAAAAGGCAAGAAGAGCGAGGUGAAAAGAGACCGAGUGAAAAAGGUGCAAGUUUUAGUCCAUCUAAAAAGGGGAAGUUUCAGGAUCAAGGAAGAAAGGGUAAGUCGAAAGGUGGAAUUACACCAUGCAAGACGUGUGGGAAGCUCCAUACCGGAGAGUGUUUGUUAGGCAAAAAGGGGUGCUUCAAAUGCGGUAAGGAGGGGCAUUCGUCUUAUCAAUGCCCGAGCAACCCAAAGACUUGUUUCAACUGUUUCGAAAGGGGGCAUAUCAAGUCUGAAUGCCCAAAGCUUCAAUAA